GACUCUGACUUGUUCUGGACAUAAUUUUCUGCAUCAUGACAACAUUCUCCAACAAAAAUCUAUUUUGGACUUUUCUCAGGGAAGAAUAGUCCAUCUUAACAGUAAACUACAUAGUACUAGUUUUGAUCAUCAUCAUCACCAUGUUCUAACUUCUAAAUUGUAUUAUUUUUCUAUGAGAAGCACAUAUCAGCUAUGAUCUGCAAAACCAGUUGAAAAUUUGAAGAGCAAAUACAUGAAUUCCAAUAUGGAGGAAACUACUACUCUUCCUCUAAAUAUCUUCCAUGUCAACAAGCCUAUGAUCUUCACCAAUAGGCUACACAUGCUUCUCCACUCUAUUGCUUUGUGCUUCUUAUUCUAUUACAGACUCUGUUACUUCUUUCAACCUAGAGCAACACCACCAUUAUUGUUACCCUGGAUUCUUGUAUUUCUAUCUGAGAUCAUUCUCUCCUUCAUUUGGAUACUAGGCCAAGCAUAUAGAUGGAACCCAAUUUCAAGAACUGUGUUCCCUCAAAGGCUACCUGAAGAUCAAAAGCUUCCUCAUAUUGAUGUGUUCAUAUGCACUGCAGAUCCUACUAAGGAGCCUACUAUUGAUGUCAUGAACACUUUGUUAUCAGCCAUGGCACUUGAUUACCCUCCAGAUAAGCUUCAUCUGUAUGUUUCUGAUGAUGGGGGUUCAGCAGUUACCUUGAAUGGGAUGAGAGUGGCAUGGAAGUUUGCAAGGUGCUGGAUUCCCUUCUGCACAAGAUACAGAAUAAGGUGUAGGUGCCCCAAGGCUUACUUUUCUUCUCAAGAGAGUGAUGAUGAUUUUGGCGGGGACAUGGAGUUUGUUGCACAUAGGAAAAUGAUCAAGGAAAAGUAUGAGGUUUUCAAAGAAGACAUGUUAAGAUUUAGAGAAGAUGAGGUUCACUCUGGAGAUGCUACUGGCAUAACAAGUCAAAAUCAUGCAUCUAUCAUUGAGGUAUGUUUUUGGCAGGUGAUACAAGAAGAUAGCAGAGAUGAAAUAGAGCCUGUGAAUUUGCCUAGUCUUGUAUACGUUUCCCGCGAGAAAAAGCCUUCUCAUCCUCACCAUUUCAAAGCUGGAGCACUCAAUGCACUUUAUCGCGUCUCUGCCGUGAUGAGCAAUUCUCCAUACAUUCUAGUGCUGGACUGUGACAUGUUCUGCAGCGAGCCGGAUUCAGUGCGACAAGCACUGUGUUUCCACCUUGAUCCAAAGCUAUCACCUUCCCUUGCAUAUGUGCAAUUCCCACAGAAAUUUCACAACAUAAGCAAGAAUGAUAUAUAUGAUAGUCAGCACAGAUCAGCAUACAAAGUUCUAUGGCAAGGUAUGGAUGGACUUAAGGGGCCUGUGUUGUCUGGCACAGGAUUCUAUAUGAAAAGGGAAGCUCUAUAUGGAAAUUACAAAAUCAAAGGCACUGAACUUGAACCCCAACAACAAUUUGGCACAUCCAACAAGUUAAUCAAAUCCUUAAAACAACAGAAUUUCACUCCUGAUUUGAUGAAUGACGGGAAAGCUUUACCUGAUGAAGAGACUCUACUUUUGGCUUCAUGUAACUAUGAAACUAACACUAAAUGGGGUCAAGAGAUUGGAUUCUUGUAUGGUACUGUAUGUGAAGAUGUUCACACUGGAUUCAUGCUGAAUUGCAAUGGUUGGAAUUCAGUUUUUUGUGAUCCAGCUAAGCCACAGUUCCUUGGAAACAGUACAAAUAACCUGAAUGAAUUGCUAAUUCAAGGAACAAGAUGGGGUUCUGGUCUGCUUGACAUUGGUUCAAGCAGAUUCUGCCCUCUUAUAUAUGGACCUCUAAGGAUGUCCCUACUUCAAAGCCUUUGUGUUGCUGAGCUUACAUAUUUCCCUCUUUAUUGCUUGCCUCUUUGGUGUUUUGCCAUUGUCCCUCAACUUUGUCUACUAUAUGGAUUUUCCCUCUACCCUAAGCUCUCAGACCCAUUUUUCUUCAUUUUUCUGUUCAUCUUCCUAUCAUCUCUAACAAAACACUUAGUUGAAGUCCUCACAACUGGAGGAACAUUCAGAAAGUGGAUAAUAGAACAAAGGAUAUGGAUGAUGAAAUCAGUCACAUGCCACUUCUAUGGAUUGUUGGAUGCAACACUCAAAAAACUUGGUCUAAGAGAGGGUAGUUUCAUGCCGACCAACAAAGUGGAGGAUCAUGAACAAACCAUGUUGUACCAAAUGGACAAGUAUGAUUUCAGGACAUCAAAAAUGUUCCUUGUUCCAAUGGUUGCAAUCAUAAUCUUCAACAUGAGUUGCUUCUUUGGGGGAAUCUAUAGAGUGGCUUCAGUUGGAGAUUGGAACAGCAUGUUCAUGCAGCUAUUGCUUCCUUGUUAUGUCAUUGUUGUGAAUUAUCCCAUCAUUGAAGGGCUGAUAAGAAAAGACAAAGGAAGCAUUUCAACUUCAGUGAUUAUACUUUCUAACUUUUUGGUAACUAUUAUUCAUUUUAUACUGUCUCCUCUCCUAAGAUAAGUGUAGUAGGGGGGAAAUUUAGCUUUGACAAUGGAGCCUUUCAAAGUUUUUAUAAAAGAAUUAGUAGUAUUAUUUUAAAAGAACAAAUGGAGUUUAAUUGAUUUAAAUUUUACAUUUUUAUAUUAAAUUUGUGGAAUCAAUUUUUACUUUUUUUAUUUAUUUAAUUAAUUUUUUAUUUUAAAUAUUAACAUUUUAGAC